CGCAUAUCUCGGCCUUCUCUUGCUCUUUUCCCACAGACCCUCGUUGUCAAGGAUAGCGCUAUCUCGUCUCAUCCGAAAGGGCCGCCCCCAAGAGCCUCAUCAGCGAUGAAGACCGCAACAGCCCUGGUGGUACUAAUGUCCCUCUUGGAGGUGCUGGCUGCGCCUUCGCCGGAGCUUGCUGGAUCAAGAAGCGGUGUCUUGCAGACAAGGGAGUUGGGGAGAACGAGUAGGGGGUGGUUUGUGAAGAGACAAGAAGAUGCUGGAGAUCAGGCCCAAUCAUCUGGAAGUACAUCGGCGGCGACAUCUGUCACAGAAUCCAUCGCAGCCUCUGACGCAUCGUCCACUGUCUCCUCAAGUGAAGACCCGACAUCGACUGCGUCGGCUACCCCUUCGACGUCGACUUUUUCCACGGAUUCAGAGACAGGGAGCUCACAAGCUGCCUCUACAUCACAAACGUCUCAAGAUCCAACCUCCUCUACUCAAUCAAGCUCAGCUGUAUCAAGCUCCGACGACAGCUCGAGUAGUGCGACUCAAAGCGCUUCCCCGUCUACUUCACAAUCCUCUGCGACACAGUCGGCCUCGCCUUCCUCGGCCUCACAGUCACCCAGCACGUCGGCGCCUGCCUCCUCUUCGGCGACUGGCUCAUCAUCGUCGUCCUCGGCUGUUCAGUCAUCUGCCGCUGCAUCUUCGAGCUCUGCCAGCACAAGAUCGGCCGCUGCCAGCUCCCAAGCUACCUCGAACCAAGCUCCCAGCUCCUCGCCAGCCAGCUCUACCCCAGUCAGCUCCAACCCAGCUAGUUCUUCCGUCACAAGCUUGGCGUCAACUACAUCAGCGCCCGCCAGCUCGUCUCUGCCAAGCUCUCAGAUAAGCAGCAGCUCAGCGCAGCGGUCUUCUGUCGGUUUCUCAUCAUCUCCUGUCUCUUCGUCCCCCGCCUCAUCAUCUGUGUCAUCGGGUUCCCCAUCAGCUUCCGUACAAUCGAGCUCUCAGAUAGCAAAGUCAUCGGCAGCAGCGACAUCAAGUGUAUCAGGGUCAAUCUCUGGCUCCACUACUUUGUCUGCCACGCCCUCCGAAAGCACGUCCGCUGGAGUCAUUGUGACGCCUUCUGGUACCAGCUCGUGGUCAGGAAGUCUGUCGGCAUCUACUUCCCAACCUACUGGUGCCUCUUCUGCAGCCGACACUUCCUCUUUCGUCGCUGGGUCAACAUCAGUAGGGGUAUCGAGUUCAUCCGCCAGUCCCGACUCGUCUUCUUCUAACCCUUCGACCACCAGCGCAGGUGUCGCAGCCACUCCCACCUCUAAUGCUGCUUCCUCCAGCUCGAGCGCUGCCACCGCUACGUCCAUACCCUCCCCCUCUUCCACGGCCGAUAUCCCCAUCGUAGUCACGGCCACCAACACCUACAGCACUCCGUUCACGACAACCGACUCGGCUGGAUCAACCACGACAGGACAGGGUGUCAGGACGGUGGUGGUGGUGGUCACGGCAAACCAGGCUAGCUCGACGCAGGCGGCUGCUACAAGCUUGGCGACUGCAAACGCAGAUCUGGAGACGGUCUAUGUGACUGCAACAAAUCCCGGGGCUUCGACGGGUAGCGACGGGGGGGUCGUCAUUGUUACUGUCACCCAGACCAACCCCACAACCGACGAGACUGGCGGCACAUCAGAUGUUGUCGAAACCAUCACGAAAGCCGUCCACGUCACAGUCGAAGCAGGCUAUACCUACACCGCAUAUUCCACCGCAGGUGAUGGCGGAUCCCUGCAAUCCGUCAACGCUGGGCAGCCAAGAUGGGACCGCGCAUCGGGUCACCUUCUGGCUCUUGCCACCAUUACAUUGUCCAUCUUGUUCACGACACUGCUAUAAUGAUUUCGAACGACACAAAAACACGGACUCGGAUCGCUUCUCUUGUUGAAGAUGGGGGCUCGGCCUUGCCUGUUAUAAUGAAAGCAAACGAUGAUAGACAAGCAUUCUCUAAUACGUGUAUCGCACAUUGACAUGGGUUUUGACAUUGGACUGUAUAAUACAAGCAUGCAUGCAAGAUUCAUCAAUCACGUCCCUCCCCCUAGGACACGGUCCCACUGCCUCCUUGUCCACCCUGUUUGCCGUCUCCUCCCGACCCAUACAUCCUGUUAUCCGCCAUGACAUCCGCUACAUUACCAUCCUCGUUGGCAAGAUCAAACCGCCAUGAGUUUAUGGCUAAGUGACCUCCUGGACCUGCCUCGUGUGCAGACGUUCUGCUGAUCGCUGAGCUUCUUGCACUGGGUUGGGCGCGGGACCCUGUUCUUGAAGCUCAGACAUGUUGGUGGUGGCAUUCAGACCUCGUCCGUGGCCACGGUACGAUGUUCCAGGGCAGGAGAAAACGGACCCUAGGGAGGUGAAUGCUUAAGAAAACGGGGCGGAGAAGCCAUCAGCCGUAGGGCAGCGGAGCGAUCGGGAGGAGUGUGAGGACGGCUAAGGGGGGUCUCGGCAUCCGUGCUGAUGUCUGCAGUGGUGCUCCCAGCGGCUGACAUCGUUGUCUCGAGAGCUCAAGACAAAAGACAUGUGAUAGAAUGGCUCUUGCACUCCUUUCUAUGGUUAUUCACCUGCUCUACUGCAAAGUUCGACCGCCCAAAGCGGCCAUUCUAAGAGCCGUGCUACUCGUGUGAGGGUUACGUUGCGAGCGCGACUUGAAUUGCUGUAGUAGACUUCAGAUCGGCGGUAAUACAGGAGUGGACCUCCGACUGAGAGGCAAAGGAAGCACAGUGCUCCUGCCCAGUUCCAACGGACAUGGCAGCAGCGAGAAUAUUGUCCUCCUUCAUAUCUUCAACAACUUGCGAUUGGACCCCGCUGCAAGAUGAACAUCGACUGAACGAGUAUCUACCUUCAUUCAAUGCUCAGCAGUAGAUAUACAUCGGUC